AUGCAUCGAUUCAGAAUCAAAAGCUUACUCGCCUCAGUUCUGCACUUCAGUCGCGGUUCUUCGGGCGCUGUUCCCACAGUUCAGCUCGACAAUGGCACUUUCACUGGGCUCUCGCAGAAUGCAACGUCGGCAUUUUUAGGCAUACCUUAUGCGCUACCUCCAGUUGGUAAUCUGCGAAUGAACAUCCCAAGGGCGUACGAGCCUUACAAUGGCGCAUACAAUGCGACAGCGUUCGGCGCCCCUUGCAUCUUUCAGAACAUCUCAGCCUAUUCUGCCGAUGGUCUUGAGCCUUCUGCGGCUGCCUUGUUGCAGCAGUUUGUGAGCGGAUUCUCGCUCUCCGAUGAUAGUGAAGACUGUCUCACUCUUAAUGUUUGGACUCCUGCGAAUGUUACGCCGGAGGCGAAGCUUCCGGUUCUCUUCUACAUCUACGGCAGUGGGUUCGAAGCUGGGUACAGCAGCCAGUUCGACGGUAGCGUCAUUGUGGGACGUUCCAUCGAGCUCGGUGAUCCGGUAGUCUCUGUCACCAUCAACUAUCGCGUAUCUGCUCUCGGCUUUCCGGGUGGCGCUGAGGCGAGGGCUGCCGGGGUUGGCAACCUUGGCCUCCGUGAUCAACGACUGGCUAUGCACUGGGUACAGAAGUACAUCCCCGCAUUCGGCGGCGAUCCUUCGAAGGUCACGAUCUGGGGUGGAAGCGCCGGUGCCAUCUCGACAUCUCUACAUAUGCUCACGAACGGCGGAGACAACGAGGGUCUCUUCCGCGCCGCUUUCAUGAGUUCUGGAGGGCCGAUUCCCGCUGGAUACAUUGAGGACACGCAACCUCGCUGGGAUGCCUUUGCGACGAAUGCAGGCUGCGGCGACUUUCUCGGCAAUGCUAGCCUUUUCGACUGCUUGCGUGCUUUGCCGCUUGAGGCCAUCCGGGCUGCACAGGAUCUCAGCGGGAGUAUGUUUGGCUACUUGGGUGUUAUUGGGAUCCCAUGGUGGCCCACCGCGGAUGGGGAUUUCUUGGUUGAGCCUCCGCAACAGCUGGUUCUGAACGGCAGUGUGUCGAACGUACCGUUCAUCACCGGCGACUGUGAUGACGAGGGAACUCUUUUCUCUCUCGGAAACAGUAAUGUCACUACAUCCGAAGGCCUAGCGACAUAUCUGAGCGAGGUGCUGUAUCCGAAUGCAAGCAGAUCUUCUAUCAAUGCCCUUCUUACUGCGUAUCCCGACGGUCCAAUACUCGGUUCACCAUUCGAGACCGGGCUCAACUCCUCUAUCACUCCCGAGUACAAGCGAAUCUCGGCCAUAUCCGGCGACGUCGUCUUCCAGGCUCCUCGCCGCUUCUUUCUCGGACAGCAAGCGAGUAAGCAACUCGCGUACUCAUAUGUGUACAAACGUGGAAAGCAGACUCCUCUCCUGGGAUCGUAUCACUCGAGUGAUAUGAACUCAAUCUUCGCGGGAGGCGAGCUCCUGGACUACUUGAUCAUCUUUGCGGCCACGCUCGAUCCGGGUUCGGGGGGAGGUCAACUCGAGUGGCCGCGUUACAGCAUCGAGUCACCUCAGCUGAUGACUGUCUUAGACGGCGAUAAGCCCCUCAGCAUUACGAAUGAUACGUACCGGGUGGAUGCUAUCAAGGUUGUGAUCGAGUUUAGUAUGAGCAACACGUUGUAG